GUCAGUCGGCAAUGCAUCAUGGAACCACCAAUCCGUCGAUAGAUUGAGUGAUACCCGUUACCAAUGCAGCUUGGGUCCAUAUGUGAAGUUGAGAGACGAGGGUUCAAUCCCUGGGGAAGCCCAAAUCAUAUGGGUAUUAUGUGAAGGGGAGAAACAUUUAUGGCUGUCCCCUUUGAUUUGCAGACUUUCAUUCUGCGUGCUAGAGUGUUGAAGUUGUAUCGGCAAGCUUUACGAGUUGCUAAAAGAGCUCCUGGUCACAGUAAAGGUGAACUGAUGCAAACAAUCAGACAAGAGAUGGAAAACAAUAGGGAUUGCAAUGACAGACAGAGGGUUCGUUACUUAAUUAGUGAGGGAAUGGAGAGAUUGAAGCGUUUAGAUGAGAUGCUCGACAUGCAAGGCCAUUAACUCUCAUUUGCGAAAGUUUGUUGUAAUAAUUGCUAAUCAUCAUAGAUCAACUUUGUAGACUUUCGGCAUAUCAGACAUAUGUUCAAAUGAGAAACAAAACGAAUGAGAUAAUCUUUAAAUCUGUACUAAACAUUCUUUAUUAAAAAAAAAUGGUAAAAUGGUUAUCAUUGGAUGCA